GAGAAUGGGUACACUUCGUACAAAACCCCACGCUAUCCACUUUUUCCAUCCCCUUCGCAUUUCUACUACCCUCACUCAGGGAGAAAGCGUCCCUCAAUUUGGUAAUUAUAUCAAAAUUAACGACUAUAAAAGUCUAAUAAGGAAUUAUUUUAAGGAUUGAUUUCGUUGACUAUGAUCAUUCCUGAAGGCAUCUUAUCGUGCAAAGAUAAGACACGGACGCAUUAAUUCUUUACCACUUGGGAGUAUUCCACGCAUCCCUACCGAAGAUCUUGACGACGCUAAGCAUUUUUCGAUUCUUGGAGAUAGUGCGAUAUUAAUAUCUUUUCUAUACCCCCGCCCCCUCAACUUGGGAGGACAAAGCUGAGCUCACAGUGGAUGAUAAUAACGCCAACUCAAACGUAUUACUUUUUGUUGGAUUUCCGAAAUGACUAGUUUUUGUAGGUCAGCUAUUAUAGAACAAAGCAUCCAGAACAUUGACGACAGCUCAGACUCGGAAGACUUUCGAGUUAAAUACCCAUCAUCCUUGAUCACAGACGACGACGGUGAUGAUGAAGACGAUGAAGAAUAUGAUGAAGAGUCUGAGGUACUUUACUAUAACUCUAUUAAUGACGCCGACAAUUCGUAUCAUCCACAAGGUAGGCAAAGGAAGCAACAAAUCCAACAUAUCAACAGGGAUGAUCAUUUUAAUAUUUUGACUACGGAAGAGUAUUUGGAAAUGGAGCAUCAACCGAGAAAUCGUAAUCUUAAGGGUAAAUUGUACAUGCUCAACCCAGAAGACUUUCCAGAAGACCCUAUAAAGCAACAACAAAUUAGACGAGCGAAAGUUACUCAUGAUCACCACAAGCGGAAAUCGAAAGAGACCCAAAGACUGAGGAUUGAAAAUGAAAAAUUGCAGAAAUUAGUUCGGAUAUACAAAAAGAGAGAGAAAUUUUUGCGAUGGUUGUGCGAGCUGUGCACUUGUCACGCAGUAACAUCAGCAUUGUCAAAAACGCAAAGUAAAACUACGGCUGUGCCUAGUAGGCCACCAGUUGAAAAUGCGAAUUCUUCAUCCGUUGUUAUAAGACCCUUGAACCACCACCCACGCCCACCUCCACCUCUAGCACCGGCUAUUAUGCAUUCAUCUUUUCAAAGUACGAGAACAUAUUCCAAAGAACGACCAGAGUUAAAGCAGAUAUUGCCAAGACUGACCUCAAAGAACGCAAUUGAAACUAAGCCAAAAAUAUUUUCAAUCUCCACACCGCCAGCACCACUUUUUCAAUCACCACGUCCACAACCAGCCUCGAUCGAUUCAAAUUAUUCUAAUGUGAAAUGUGUUCAGGCGGCGAAUCCCUCCUCCCGAAAAAUGCCAAACCUUAGACCCAUAUUACAAAAACAACAACCCGUACUGCACGCAAAUCAUGCACAGCUACCAUUACAGUUGUCGCGAAAUAUUUCAGUUAGACCGUUUAUGUAUAAAACGUUGCAAAUUCCCCAAAACCUUACAAAGAUGGCACAAAUGAACCGAGAAAAUACGAAGGUACAAGUUCCUGUUGCACAUACUAUUACUGCAACCCCCGCUUACCCAUUGUUCAAUAAUACUGCUAUCACAAUAGAAAAAACCUCGGGACCACAAUCUGCACGAAUGCAUUUAAAAUUAGAUCAUAAGACUGAAAAAGUGAAGAAACACAUUAAUCCACUCUUACGUUUUCAGAAGACAUUAAAUUUAAUAAAUAACAUUGUAGAACAAAGCAAAACUGGGACAAAUAGAGCAAAUAAUACAAAGACAACGGAGAGUCAAAAGUGCGGUCGCAACGGAAAAAGACCAAGCGAACCAGCAGCACGAGGGCAGAAGACGCCAACGAUCGAGUCAUUGUGCGGAGGGACGCAACCAACGCAUGAAAUUUUACGUUAUUGGUCCGAUGAAAUUAUUCCAUUGCCUCCUAAGCGUCGUGUCCAGCAGAAAUCACAAAUUAUCUCCAGUAUUGGUAUUCCGCUAGCCGACGGUCAAAAUGAUCUACAAAAUGAACAAACUCAACGACGUAGCAAAAGGUCAGCAGCGACGUCCAGACUUAGCACAGCCGAACUACUAGGCGGAGUAGGAUCAAAAUUGCACAAAAUUGUGAAUAACGCCUUCAACACGUGCCCUUCUGAUACUCCUGAACCUCCUCUUGUAAGCAUUUCUGAAGAUGUAGAUGCAGAGAGUUCAUCCGAUCUCGAGGGCCUAGAUUGGAACAAUAUCGAGAUCCAAUAUGUACGACCAAGGCAAUUGUAUGCUUUGUGCAAAUCUAGCACACCAUAAUAAAUUGUGUUAAUAUGUACAUUUGUGUGUUCCUCGUUAAAAAUGCAUGACCAAAUUUUCUCUUGCUGCUUCGUGAUCGUAAUGCGAACUUGAAUAAAUAAAAAUUCAAUGCAAAUAUUCACUUUUACGUUUCAUUUUAUUAUACCGAACACAUCCUGAUCAUGAGUUUAUAUUAAAUUGAUCGUCAGCAUUUCACAAACAUUGCCAUAUUACAAGAAAGGUCACGUGACAGUAAAACUAUAGUUUAGAUUUUAGUAGUAUUUCCAAUGUUUUGUAAGUUUUUACGAGAUACAGAAUAUUAAAGAAGUACGAUUUCGAUUAUAUAAUUAUUAUUUCUCAAUUAUUAUGUAUACGA